AUGGCCAAAGCAAAAAUUGUUCCUUCAGGAUCGUUAAAAACACAAAGUAUGGAGGACAAGGCGUCUCUAAAAGAACUGGAUCAAUGGAUAGAGCAACUAAACGAAUGCAAGCAGUUGACAGAAAAUCAAGUAAAAACGUUAUGCGACAAGGCAAAGGAGAUUCUCACGAAGGAGUCUAACGUGCAAGAGGUGAAAUGCCCCGUAACUGUCUGCGGGGACGUCCACGGACAGUUCCACGAUUUGAUGGAACUGUUCCGUAUUGGCGGGCGUUCGCCGGACACGAACUACCUGUUCAUGGGGGAUUACGUCGAUCGCGGUUACUACAGCGUUGAGACAGUCACAUUGCUUGUCGCCCUCAAGGUUAGAUACCGCGAAAGAAUAACAAUUCUGCGAGGCAAUCACGAAUCCCGUCAAAUCACCCAAGUUUACGGUUUUUAUGACGAGUGCCUCCGCAAAUACGGCAAUGCGUCCGUGUGGAAGCAUUUCACGGAUUUGUUCGACUUUCUGCCGCUCACCGCUCUGGUGGACGGCCAGAUCUUCUGCUUGCACGGUGGGCUCAGUCCUUCUAUCGACACCCUCGACCACAUCCGCGCCCUCGACCGCUUGCAAGAGGUGCCCCACGAAGGGCCUAUGUGCGAUCUGCUGUGGAGCGAUCCUGAUGACAGAGGCGGAUGGGGCAUAUCGCCGCGUGGGCUCAUCAACUCGUUAUGGAGGGUUAUAAUUGGUGCCACGAUAGAAAUGUCGUCACUAUAUUCUCAGCACCUAACUACUGCUAUAGAUGUGGCAACCAGGCCGCCAUUAUGGAAUUGGAUGAUGCGCUUAAGUACUCAUUCCUUCAGUUCGACCCGGCCCCGCGACGCGGUGAGCCUCAUGUCACGCGACGGACGCCAGAUUACUUCAUGUAGGCUGCACAGGAGGCGCAUAUCAAGCAGGUGUCGGGUGGGUGGGGCGGGCGCGGGCGCGGUGCGGCGGGCCCGCAGCGCACGCGGCGCGCUCGCCUCGCCUCGCUCGUGCGCGUGGCGCACUGGCUCGCGCACGUGUAGCGCCCCGCCCCGCGCCGCCCCCGCUGGUAUGUUCAACCCGAGCGGUUGGACCUCAUUAAACUCGUUCGCUCCCGACCGGUAG